AUGGCAUCAUCGGUUGACAAAACAUUUGUCAUCAACUUUAAAGUUGUACCAACCAAACUAAACUUUCCUGCAAUCGCAGAAUUCAUUACAAAAAAUCUCGCAAUCGAAGCGACUCAGCUACAGCACUUGCAAGUCAGCAAUGGACGUGUCUUCGUGGGAACCGACUCGGCUCAAACAGCGCAGGACAUAGUACAAGAACAUAACCUGAAACACCAGGUAGAACACGACGGGAAAUCCUACAGCAUCCCACUCUCAAUGGAAGAUGGAUCUGUUGAGGUUAGGGUACAUGAUCUCCGCCCGAGCACAAGUAACAGACAGCUAGCAUACCGGAUGCGUGACUAUGGUGAAAUCAUCUCAAUCCGGGAUGAAGUCUGGAAAGAUUUCUUUCCUGGUAUCCCAAAUGGAGUGAGAAUUAUGCGCAUAAAACUCACGAAACCGAUACCGUCGUACGUGAUGGUGGAUACGACUAUGACCCUCGUUACCUACAAAGGCCAAGUCGCCACAUGCAAACACUGCAACCGACGAGUUCAUUAUGCUCAGAAGUGCUCUGAGUACGCAAAAUCCUCGAAGCCAAGCGUCAGCGGUCGUUUAACCCUAGCCGAAAUAGUGAAAAACGGUGACAAUCGCUCAAUUUCACAACAGACCUUUCGUCAGCCAAAUAACGCUAGCUCCACUGGGUUAAAAAAGGGUACACCGCACCAUGGAUCAAACAUCUCGUUGGCUGGCAGCGAGACCGCAAUGAUAAUCGAAUCAUCCCAAAACGUACCCGAGAGCAGAGGACAGACACCAAUAGACACAAUCAGCGCCUCCCAACCUACCAGCGAAGUUAAUACCGUGAACCUUACAAGCCCUUUUUUUGGCUUCCCAGACGAAAAUUGCACCGCUGCUGUAGCACUUGGCUGCUACCAAGCACACAAUCUCACAAAUAAUAUGCCACCGCAAAAUCCUACCGCUACUGCUACAUACAACAGUUCGUCUCGUCUCUGCAAGAAGGAAAAAUCGGCAAGCUACGUUCCCGUCAUCGAUGUAAUUUUAUGCAGUCAAAAAUUACGAAACAACACAACAAAACUAAACCAGCAGAAAUCGUCAUUUUCCUCGGUAAGUUUUAUGGGCAGUAUGUGUCCCGCCGAAGCAAAAAAUGAUGCUACCGUCUUCAGUGAAUUUCGACCAUUCCCAGCUGCCGUCGCUGCUACUGCGUGUCGCCGAUACUUGCACUGUCGUCGAAAGAAAAACAUCACAAUAGAAUCUCCCGAUACUGCAGUUAUACACACCAACGACCAAACUCUGCAAACACUCACUAUCCGUGAUGAUAAAUCUACCUGCUACCCGUCUCACCAGCACAGCAACAAACUGGAUUUGCAAACAGAGUUUUUGGCUGCCCUGUGUAUAUGUCCCGUCAGGGCAUUUUUCGAUACUGCCAUCCUCAGCAAAUUUUCACCGUUCCAAGUACUCGCCGCCGUUACUGCAUCCAACAACAAUUUGCACCGAAGACGAACAAAAAAAAUUUACACCGUGCCAUAUUUCGCUGCUGCCUCUGCAUCCAGAAACCCGUAUCGAUGCAAUAACAUCUUUCUUCAAGCGCCCGCUGCCCGUGAAGAAAUUUCAACCAGCUACUUCUCUCACUACCAUAGCAACAAACUGAAUCUACAAGCUGCGCUUUUGGCGGCCCUGGUAAGCAUUUUGGACAGUAUAUGUCCCGCUGAAGCAAUCUAUGAUACUGCCACCCUCAGCAAGUUUCCACCAUUCCCAGCUCUUUCCGCUACGGCUGUGCCAUUCAUAAUCUACACAUUUCGUCGACGCGACAGUAAAAAAAUGAUGGAAGCACCAGUUGUCUGUGAACCAACUUACGUCACCACUGCCUCGCCCAGAAACUUCUCGUCCCGUCGGAAAAUCAACAAAAAAUGCAAAAUACAAUACACCGUUGUCGCUAUUACAUCCAUUAGCUAUUCAUCUCGUCGGUACACCAAUAAAAUGGUUCUGCAUGCGCUCACCGACUUCGGUGAAACUUUGAAUCAAACGGAUCUGCCAGCACCGCCUUCAGUCUCCUCGCUCUCGCUGCUACUGUCGUCUCCACAAGCUGCUAUGCUGGUAUCCCUGCUGUGA